UGUGUCGCAUAGAGAAAAGAGAGUGACAAAAAAAACAGUGAGAGAUUCAAAGGAUUCAAAAAUGGAAACUAUAGGUUAUAGGAAGGCAAUUGAGGAGCUAGUGAGAGGGCGUGAGUUUGCAAACCAGCUUAGACAUGUCAUCAAUGGAACUGAGAAUGAAAAUGAUGAUAGGUCACUUGCUGAGAAGCUUCUGAAAGAGAUCCACGUGUCCUUUUCCAACUCCCUCUUCAUACUGAACCAUUCCACUAGUAGUACUUCUGAUCAAUCUUCUUCCCAUGAUCAUGAAGUGUGUGAUGUGCAGCUCAAGUCUGAGGAGGACUCUCAAUCUCAAGAGAGUAAUUGCAAGAGGAGUUCUGAUGUUAAGGAAAGAAGAGGGUGUUACAAGAGAAGAAGAACUUCAGAAUCAUGGGAGAGGGAGUCUGAAACUCCAAUAGAAGAUGGCCAUCAAUGGAGAAAGUAUGGCCAAAAGGCUAUCCUUAAGGCCAAAUACCCAAGGAACUACUACAGAUGCACUCACAAAUAUGACCAGGGAUGCAGAGCAACAAAACAUGUUCAAAGAAUUCAAGAAAAUCCACCUCUUCACAAGACCACAUACUAUGGCAACCACACUUGCAGAAGGUGUCAAACCCCUGAGAUAAUAGUGGAUGAUUCUGUUUGUCCUAAUUCUGACUCUUCCAUGUUCGUUAGCUUUGACAAUUCUCUCCCAACCUCAGCCAAACAACAGUGCCCUUUUCUCUCAUCUUUUCCAUCACCUUCAUCAGUGAAAAGGAAGUGCAAAGAGGAGGAAGAGGAGGAGGCCCCUCCUUCUAUAUCUUCCUCCAGUGAUCACCUCAUCCCUUCUUCUGAGCUCACUUUCCAUGAUUCUCCCCUAACCUUUGAUUCAGAUUACAUGGGUGUGAUUCCUGAUGUGUUGUAUGGUUCUGAUGAGCUUGAUGAUGUCUUUGAGCCCUUCCUUGAAAGUCUUAGAUGAUGGCUUCCUAAGUUUUUGGUCUGUGAAUAAAGUAGUGUAGCAUGUAGUAGGAGAAGUUAGAUUUAUUUUGUUAGCUUGGGUUCCAUUGAUGUAAAAUAUGUACUUCUCUUAUCCAUUUUCGAUGAAUAAGAUAUGAACAAGUUUAUCA